CUCACGUGACUGACGCGGGCCCGGAGCGGCGGUGCAUUGAGGAAGCGCGGGCCGGGCGGCGACUGCAGCCGGCAGCGAGCGGCAGGCGAGGGAGGCGGUGUCCCUUUCGGACCGCCGGGCGGAAGAGGAAGAUGGCGGAGGCCUCGGCUGCCGGGACCGGCGCCGCCGUCGCCGCGCAUCGGUUUUUCUGCCACUUUUGCAAGGGCGAGGUCAACCCCAAACUACCGGAAUAUAUUUGUCCCAGAUGUGAAUCAGGCUUUAUUGAAGAAGUGACAGAUGAUUCCAGUUUUUUAGGUGGUGGUGGCAACCGGAUGGACAAUAGCACAUCAACACAUUUUACAGAGUUCUGGCGCAAUUUGGACCACACGAUGAUUAUACAAGAUUUUAGACCAUUUCUAAGUAGCAAUGCACUGGACCAAGAUAAUAGAGCCAAUGAGAGAGGUCACCAAACUCACACUGACUUCUGGGGACCAAGUCGACCUCCACGGUUGCCAAUGACUCGGAGAUACAGAGCACAAGGAAGCACUCGUCCUGAUAGAUCCCCAGCAAUUGAAGGAAUAAUACAGCAGAUCUUUGCAGGAUUCUUUGCAAAUUCUGCAGUUCCUGGUGGAUCCCCUUUUACCUGGAGCGGGAUGCUGCACUCCAACCCUGGGGACUAUGCCUGGGGUCAAACAGGGCUUGAUGCCAUUGUCACCCAGCUUUUAGGACAGCUGGAAAACACGGGGCCUCCCCCAGCUGACAAGGAAAAGAUCACAUCUCUUCCAACAGUGACAGUAACUCAGGAACAAGUUGAUAUGGGUUUAGAGUGUCCAGUGUGCAAAGAAGAUUACACGGCUGAAGAGGAAGUCCGGCAGUUACCCUGCAACCACUUCUUUCACAGCAGUUGUAUUGUGCCGUGGCUGGAACUGCACGAUACAUGUCCUAUAUGUAGGAAGAGCUUAAAUGGUGAGGACUCUACUUGGCAAACCCAGAACUCUGAGGCCUCUGCAAGCAACAGAUUUAGCAGUGACAACCAGCUACGUGACCGAUGGACUUUCUGAAUCUAAAGACCACGUCUGAGCCAGGGCUGUGGUAGUCUUACCAUAGCUGUGAAUUGUAUAAAAACAAAAUAGUCGGUGGAGUUAGAAAUCGUGUAAGAAACCCCAACCCAUAAUAUUAAUGCAGAGUGUUUUCUUUAAAUUUAAAGUUAGCAUCUAUAGAUGGAAUUGUAUCUAAAACCAGAUGCCUCUUACUGCUGAAUCAGAGUAAUAAUUUUACAAGUGUGAAACUUCAUUAUGUGGGUUCCCCCUGCCAGAAUAGAAUUAGUUCCUUAAAGUCUAGCUAGGGUCCUGCUAUCUGCCAUGUUGCCCUUUAUUAGAUGUUUUCACCCCCUUGUCCAGCCUCCAUCCUAUCAUUAGUGUAUUUUAUGGUAAAUACAGUGGAACCAGAGCCCAAAAGUCCACUGAUGUAAGUCUUUCUGUUUUAAUCAUACAAAAGCAUAUAUUCUUGGCCACAUUAGCUAUGAAUUAAGGUCAGAUUAAUUCAGAAAUCUAAGACUAAUGACUUUGAACCCUCAGACAGCAAAUCAAAGAAAAAUUACAUUGGGAAGGAGAAAGUGGCUUAUCAUUAUACUCUGGUUUUCUCAUUUUGUUUUUAAAGACUACUUCAAAAGAUGCAGUUUCUGCAGAAACCAGCCAAUGUGACUUAGGGGUCUUCUGUUGGUAGGAAUCUAAUUCUGGCUCCUUUUUUCGAAAGAGUGGAGCAGCAUACAGGCAAAGAAGGACACAUGUUUGAAAUCUUUGGUUCUGACAUUUUUUAAUGAUCCCCAUCUCACUGUUUAUGUCUUUUGUCCUGCGGACUUUAAAAUAAUUUCCCUCACAGAAAUAGAAUGCCUUCAUUGCUGCUCUGUUCACUGUUUUUAGUAAUUCAUUGAUAUUUAGGAAUUGAGAGUUUUACAUUGUCUUGCUUUAAUUUUUUAAGCCCUUUGAUCAUCUCUGAAACCUUUGUUUGCUUGGUUCUGCAUAUCCUUAAUCAAACUGAUUAUUGUGAUCAUGUUCAAAACAGCCUGGUCUAGGAGAGGUAGGCCUUACUUUUUUUUAGCCUAACAGUGUCCCAUCUACACGCAUAUGCUGCUUGGUGCAUUUGGAAAAGAUCAGAAAUGUCUUCAGAAUCUCAAAACCUCAAAGGGAAAUGAUGGGUACUGUUGGUACACCCAAAAGGGUUACAGAGAGGCACUGUUAGUCUGGUCAUAGUUUGGAAUGAUCAGAGCAAGAAAGCCUCUAAGAGAGUCUCUUUCUUGGCUUCUGUCUUUAUUAGUUUUUGUUGAAUAUCAUGCACUAUACUCUGAUUUGGGGGGGGGCGUUUAGGGAAGGGGAUUAGAGAUAUAGAUGAUAUCUCUAGUGGUAGAUGAUAGGGGAGGGAAGAGAGAAAGAAAAGUGGCCUGCUGAAUUAAUAGCCUUCCCAUAAAAGGUGUGUCCAUAAGGUCUGAUUCAGGUUGGGCCAAGAGGAAAUAAAAGAUUUUUUUAUAUGCCUCUCAUGUCAUAUCUCUGUAGAGUUUGUUUCUUUGGAGAAUGUGAGCUAUUAACUAAGCCUAUUGAAAUCUAGCCUCCAAAUAAACAUUGCUUUUGAGGGGAGGUGAGAAGCUGGAGGGAGUGUGAGGUAUAUUAUGAAUAUUUAAUGGCCACUAUUCAACUGUCUCAGAAAAAUUGUGACAGCCUGGAAAGCUUUGUCUGCCUGUUAAGUGUCUGGAGAUGCCAGGAAGGCGUUUGUAUUUUUACUUAAAACCAGAGAACUAGAAAGGAUCUCAGUAGCUUCCUAGAAGGAUGGAAACAAAGUGCUGGAAUAGGGAUUUACUGUCUCAGUACACAGAAUAGCUAGUAACAGUCUAAAUUAUCUGAAAAUUUCUUCACUUUUUGCUGUCCCCAGACUCCUCCCACUUUAUGUAUCUGAAGUGUUUCUUCCUAAAAUAGGAGGCAUCUCAGACUUCAGGUUAAUUUAGGUUAAGCAAUAUAUUUGGGUUUUAUAAAGCAGCAGAACUAAUAGGAUAUGUGUGUGCUUGUGUGUAUACAUGUAUGGAUUUAUAAUGAAUUUGCUCAUGUGAUACGGAGGCUAAGAGGUUCCAAGAUCUUUCCAGGCUGUCACAGUUUUUCUGAGAGACAACUGUGGCAUUCUAAUUUGAUUCCAAACACCUGAGCAUAGGCGAGUUGAUGGAGUACGUUCUAGUUGAAAAGCCAGAUGAUUGGAAACCCGAGAAGAGCUGAUGUUUUACUUUGAGUUCAAAGGCAGGACAGGGCUGAUGAACCAACUCAGGCAGCGAGGCAGGUGGAGCUCCUCCUAGCAGGACUAUCAGCCUUUUUGUUCUAUUCAGGCUCUCAGCUGAUUGGAUGAGGCUCCCCCAUAUUAGGGAGGGAAAUCUGCUUUAUUCAGUUACUGAUUCAGGUAUUAAUCUUAUAAAAAUUACCCUCAUAGAAACACUUAGAAAUAAUGUUUGUCCAGGUAUCUUGACAUCUCAUGGCUGAGUUAGGUUGACACAAAUUAACCAUCACAAGAAGGAAAAAUAGAAAUGUUGCACACCGUCGAAUGAUCCUUAUCCCACUUAAAUUUUGCCAAAUUAUGGAAAUAUCUGUCUUGUUUAGAGACCUUAGUACUAGGGUUAAAUGGUAGAAGAAACAUUCGUGGGAUGAGGACCAGUUUGCUGUGUGCAUAAUAGCUAUUUUUUCUCUUCAAUUUAAAUCCACCUGGAAAUCUGAGAUACCUCCCAUUCUAGGGAGAAACUUUGCAGAUUCAUUGGUCUAACACCACAGCAUAUCUGGGGUGAGACAUGCAGAGUUUGUUUCUAGGAAUGCCUUGCUCUUAAAUAGGAGGCAGUGCUGAAGGCAGAGGGCUACAUAACCCAGACUUCUCAGGUGUUUCUUUCCUUCAUAACUGGAAGGCUUACAGACUCAGGAACCUGGAGCAUUAAUGGGACUCAAAAGACGACAGCUUUCUCUGAUUGUCAAAGAGAAGAGAAAACGGUUGCAAUUUCAGAUCUUGAGCCCUUAGACUUGAGGCUUUUACAUUCAUAUUAAAUGUAAUAUGAGUCCCGGCAGAGCUAAACAGAUUGUUUUUUUUAUUCACGAAUGUCUUUCUCUUCCUCUUGUCCGUUAUGAUCUGAAAUAGGAGGGAAGAAAACUACCAUGUAAGUCAGAGACAUGUCCUGGAAAUUGGUAGACUUGAACAUUGAGAGGUUAUAUAGGGCACUCCUUUCCGGCCUCUAAGGGAUGAUUGCUUCUCAGGUAGUUUCCAGAUGGGUUAGUGUAAGUCAUGCUCCUCUGGGUUCAUUCUGACUCGGCAGAACUGGGCAGUAGGGUGGGAAGGGCAAAGUGGUACUUUUAGCUGGUAUCGCUUCGACAUCUUGAAAGUUUCUAAGCUAAUGAGUUUGGAGCAGGGAGAAGGAAUAAUCCUGGUACAAGCAUUAAUUUUCCUUCAAAGUUCUUAUUGUCAGUUCUCUGAAGAGUUGAGAAACUUGGAGAAUCCAGAAUGACAUUUUGUCCCUAUUGGUAUAGCUUAAUUCUUUCCUUAAAGUAUUAGUUUCUAAGAAAAAGGAUUAUUCUAGGUGGAGAAUAUGGAAAUGGCUAUAAAUCAAAUAGCUUCCUUAGCUUAUUAUAAAUUGUAGUUGUCAACAUUUACUGCCUAACAAUUGAGCCAAGUACUUGUCAGAUAUUUCCUUGAGUAGUACUCUUUGGUCCAAUAAUUAGCUCUCAACUUAGAAGGUUUUGGGGAACAUUUCCCCUCCAACAGGUAUCACUUUGAUUAAGUGGUUAUUAGGAGGAAAAGUAUUUGUUUAUGUCUUUGUAUUCAAAUAUAUGUGUGUGUAUGUAUAUAUGUAUAUAUUCACAGAGACACACACACACACAUACAUGCACAUUUCACUGUAGAGGAAAGGAUAUGAUUGAUGGGCACUGAGGUGCAGUGAGCAGGGGCCCGGCAGAGGCCUGAGCACCUUGGCUCCUGUGUUUCUGCAGUUCUGUGUUGGGACACCGUUGGCCUGGCAAGCGCCCUGUUACAUGGUGUGGUGAAGGGAUUCAGUAGAAGUAAAAGUGUGGUCAUUGAUGAAGUUAAGAAUAAAGGACUUUUGAGAAAAGGGUGUUUAUCAUCCAUUGCUUCUGUAUGAUAUUAAGUUGAACUCAAAUAUAAUUUGUUUUUAAAAUUUUUUCUCGAUAAAUUAUUGUUGCCAAUUGA